UUUUCACGAAAUUCACCAAAUGCCCCUCAACUUUCAGAAAUUCACCAAAUGCCCCUCACCUUUAAUAUAAUACCCAAACUACCCUUACUAAUGACAUGCCGUUAGUCCGCCGUUAGCCUACUUUUCUAAUUCACCAAAUGCCCCUACAAUGUAACUUAUUUCACCAAAUACCCCUAUUUCAAAAUAUAAUUCACAAAAUGCCCAAAUGUAAAAAUUACAUUUUUAAAGCCCAACGGCUAGUUUUUGGGCAUGUGUAUGUCGACCGAAAAGAUGGAACAGUCCUUGUCGGCUGGUGUUACGGGGGAGGAAAUUGAUGAAGCAGGUUCUCCGUGCUAAUUUGUUGGUGGCGUUUCUGGGUUUUCUCCGGCUAACAAUUGUCCAUUGGUUGGGGUUGGGGUUUGGUUGGGGUUGGGUUCUCUCUCUCCAUUUUUUUAAGACAAGUGAGAGUCUUUUUAUUAUUAGAUGCGAGUACAACAUUAGUUUACACCAUAACUGAGCUUAAUCAUAGUUUGGGGAAGUUGCUGUCAAAAAUCCGUAGCUCUAGCGACAACCACAUGUCCAUAAUAGGACUAGACACCGAAAGACACUACUGUCAAGAUGACACCAAACGCCAACUUGCUGAAAAAGUUGCCAUAGUGAAGCUGUGUUUCUUCGACAAUUGCUUGAUUAUUCAGUUGUUGCGGAUUAAUAAACCUAUUUGUUCACUGGCCUAGUUCUUCCAAAGACAAGAGCUUACCUUUGUUGCUUUUAAAAUGAACAACUGUCUUAAUGCGUUGAACAGAGAUUAUGGGAUUCAAUGCAGGAAUGCUUUUGAUUUGGGUGAAUUGGUUGUAACUGUUAAACAAGAUAAAAAACAGACCAAUGAAAAGUUCAAAACAUUUGGAUUGCAAUAUUUGACGAAUCUAUUUACACCGGGUAAAGAAUUGUUUUUGUACGUGCUUAAAGGUCCUGCAGCACCUCUAGGAAGUUGGGGUGCUACUAUGUUGUCUUUACAACAAAUUGAAGCAGUUACUCGUGAUGCUUACUUGUGCUGCCUUGUUGCGUAUUUCUCUUGUUAAUUACUCCAUAUUUGGGAAAUAAACUGCUUCCUCAUGAAAUUGUAAUCAAUCUAGCAUUUCUGCUGCUAAUAGUUUCAGAUGUGUCAGAAAUAAAGUGUACUAAAAAUAUCAGCAACAGAUUAAGCAUAUUCAACACACAAAAAAACAUCACUUAUCAAACUAGAUUAAGCAUAUUCACCAUUCAAAAACAUCAUAAUUAUCAUAUUCACCAUUCAAAAAUAACUUCAUAUAGUGACAGAUAUACUGAAACAAUAUGUAGUAUGGAUAAAAAACAUCAUAAUUAAGCAUAUUCGCCAUUGUUGCUUGGAUCACGCUUGUAGUAUACCCUUUGUGGAUUGAGUGUUGUAUCGGAGCUACGAAUGACAAAUUUCCUCCCACGAUAACAGAUUUUAUUUGGGACUCUAACAUAUGUGGACUCAUUAUGUGUGGAUGAUGAUUUUGAAUGAUAACUCAUGACAUAAAAUGAGAUGAAACUACAACAAAAGAAUUUGGUGACUAAAUAAACACUCAGAACAGGGUUAUUUAUACUAAAACAAUAAGCUACGGCUAUUUUUCAAUCCCAAAAAACUAGCCGUUGGGCUUUAAAAAGGUAAUUUUUACAUUUGGGCAUUUGGUGAAUUAUAUUUUUAAAUAGGGGUAUUUGGUGAAAUAAGUUACAUUGUUGGGGCAUUUGGUGAAUUAGAAAAGUAGGCUAACGGCGGACUAACGGCGGACUAACGGAGCGUCAUUAGUAAGGGUAGUUUGGGAAUUAUAUUAAAGGUGAGGGGCAUUUGGUGAAUUUCUGAAAGUUGAGGGGCAUUUGGUGAAUUUCGUGAAAAUUGAGGGGUAUUUCAUGAAAAAUCCGUUGGAAAAACUACUGAAAAAUAUGGAUAACAUUCAUCAUGAAGAUAUUAAAAGCUUCAAAUUUAUCCCGGUCGGUGGUAAUUGGAAGCGAGGUGCUUAUGACAAAGACUGUUGUGUCUAUUUGAUGAUGUUAAUGAUGGUUUUUCAUGGUGUUGAAACGGUACAAGAUGGUGUUGGGAUUUUUGACUUUGAUCCCUUGGCAGAUGAAGAUUUCAGGAAGUUUCUCAGGGCUUGUAUUUGUGGCACCAUUGUGUUGUCAGAUUUGAAUUGUUACAGAGAUGAAUAUCUGAAACGAAUGGUUGCAUUCAGGAAAUACAGGAAACAAGAUGUUUUGGAUGCCCUAAUUAAACAAAGGGAAGAGUUGACGCAGAAAUACAUGAAUGAUGCUUCAAAAAUUGAAAUUGUUGCAAGAAAUAGUUCAGCAAGGAAAUCCAAACAUGUUGAAACAGAAGAUGAAGCUGAGACAGAUGUCAAUGUUGAAGGGAAAGGACGUGGCAAAGGCGGGAGACGCACCCGAGGAGGCAGACGCGGGAAGGCACGUGGACGAGGUGCUUCACGUGGUUAAUAAUUAUUGCUGAAAAAACAAUUUAAUUUUUUGUGUUUGUAUGUAGUCGAAUUACUACUUAGAAUGUACAAUUCUAAGUUUGAUAUAGUUACUGUUCAAAUAAUUUUUUGUGUUUGUAUGUAGUCGAAUUCUAAGUUUGAUAUAGUUACUCUCAAUGAUUUUUAAUUGUUUGAUAUAUGAGAGUAAUUAUA